CCUUCGGUCGAUGAUUCAAAACAAAACAUUCAAAUUUUCCGAACAAAUUAGAUUAUAAAAUUUGGUAGUGAAUGAUUUUCUAAUUUAUCCGCCUUAAAUAAUGCGUAAACGGCAAAUCGAUACCCUCAAAAUAUUCAACGCAAAUGUCGAGGAGGUCAAGGAAAGCGAGGAAUACCUGGUUAAGUUCGAUUCCGGUGGCCGGGAUAUCGUCCUGAACGUCCUGCUGGGAGCGGGCUUCCCCAACGAGAAGCCCAAACUUAUCGUCAGUCCUAUUCUGAGCCACCCGUGGGUUAACUGCUCGACCGGGGAGGUCGAAGGUGCCCCGGGGAUUUUGAAUUACACAAUCCAUUCAGAUCUGGGUCGGGUUGUGCAAGCCAUCAGCCGGGAAUUCGAGAGGCAUCCUCCUCCACUUGUUAACGAUCCGAACCGAGAAUCGCCCUCUCACAAAUCGUUAGGGCAAGCUGCUUCCUCCAACUCCACCUCAGACCAUCCGCAGCAACGUACGGCCACGGCAUCGCCAGUAGUAACGGCUCGUUCCCCGGAGGAAGAUCUGUUCGGUCUACGAGGAAUGACUCUGGAGGAACUUACUCAACUAAAUCAGGACGAGGAUUAUUUAGAAUGUUUCAUAGACAAAUUAGGGUUUGUACACAAUCAAGCCAACGAAAUGGAUAUGCUGCUAACUCAAAUUGAAACGUUGUCUGUAAACAAUCUGUCCAAAAAGAAAAUUAUUGAAGAACGGAAACAGAAGCUUGACGAAAUGACUUUAGGUUUUCGGGAGCUAGGUGUGCAUUAUGAAGAGUCUAUGAACAAGUACCAGAAGCUAGCAGAAGAUUUUUCGCCUCAGCACAUCAAAGAGCUGCUGCAGAUUGCAGUUUCGACAGCGGACGCCAAAAGUGACGAGGAAGCACAGCGCUUCCUAAAUGGCGACAGUGACGUCAACACGUUUCUGUCCAACUUCAUCCAAAGCCGAAAAAGCUACACCAUGCGGAAAGCCAAAGAGGAACGUCUCAGUCAGCAGCUCACGGCACUGGAACGAGCCGCUUUCUGAUUACCCUGCCUAUCUAUCUACCUGCCGAAAUGGUUGGUUUUGGUACACAUGUGAUAUCAGAUUACGUACGCUAAAUUAGUCAUUUGUUUUUGUUGGUAUGUUCUUUUUAAUUUAGUAGGAUAUCGGAAUGCCCGAAGCAAAAUAAACAGAAAACAAUCUCCCGGAAUCGAUUUUCCAUUCGAAGAA